GGCCGGGCUUGCGUAUAAGGGUGGCCACCUUUCUCCCCUGGCGUGCUUCUAACAGUUGCAUGGCAAGCAGAAGAGGCCCCAAAGGAGACGUGUUAGAAAAAGAUUAACCUGCUUGCUUUCCUCAUACCAUGCAAGCUGUGAAAUGGCCAGGAGCCCUGAAGGGGGGAAAGAUGGCCAUCCUAGGUUAGGUAAUGGGGUACUACGGAUGCCGGCUUUCUUUCAUGAAAGAACAGGGUUUGAAGGACUGACCAUGCCUCACCAGUGAAGGGAAGCUUGAGCCAUGCAGCAGGAAUAUAAAAUGAAGGGUUAUUCACUGACAGAAGAAUCAAGCAGUGGAUUGUGACUUGGGACCAUGGACAGAAGGAAAGAUUCGGACAGACAGCUAGAGCCUCCUGCUGCUUUCACGGCCCCAAGGCCAACUGGACCCAGGAAACUGAUCCCACCUUCACAUUUCCAGAGCUGGUCAGCACCUCCUCUGCCAGGACCUGCGGUGGUGCCCUGGAGUGCCGCAGCUCUUCCUCACUUGGAGGCAGCCACACUCAAGCAAGAGAACCAGCGACUGAAGGAUGAGCUCCAUAGGCUGGCCACAAAGGGAGAUCCCACUGAAGAAGCAAGAAACAGAACCAGGUCCCUGGAUCGAGAUGCAGAGCCCUCAAAUGUGUGCCACGCCUUGGCCAUGUCUCAACAGGCUGAGAUCAUCUCCCAUCAACUCCAUGAGAUCCAGCGACUGGAAGCUGAGCUUGCUGCCCUCCGGGUUGCCUCGACCCAGCAGGAGGCAGCAGUGGCGAGUCGGGAAAAUACCCUCUCCCACAUCCAAGGAGAACUGGCAGAGCUCCAGAGCCGGAGUUGGGCAGAGGCUGCUGCCUUGAAAACAGAGCUGGAGGCAGUCAGGAAGAGCAGCAGACUGGAGACUGAGACUCUGAAGGAAGAGCUGGGGGAGCUGAGGAGGAGGAGUCAGUUGGAGGCCGAUACCCUGAAGGAGGAACUUGAGCUGACCAAGGCCAGGCAUAGCCAGGAAGUUAAACUGGCACGGGAAGAGCUGCAGGCAGUGCUUGACAAGGCAGGUGCUGAGCGGAAGCGGCAGGAAGAGCGGGCUCAGGAGAGCCAACAGGUGGCACUCAAGGAGCACCAGGCAGAGUUACAUAGGCUCUCUGAAGUCCAUCAGGCCGAAGUGAAUUCCCUGAAGCAACAGCUCUGUGUGCUCCAAGAAGAACUGAAAGCUCAGCAUAGGGAGGUUUUCGAAUUGAGGGGGAAGAAAGAUGCUCUCCAGAAGCAGCUCAGCACAGCUGAGGCAGAGCUGGCUUUGCAGAAUACUUUGGUGCUGCAGCUGAAGACCUACGUCGGGGAGCAGGAACUGGGGCAGCCCAGCUCUGAGCGGGAGCAGUUGAUAAGCAGAGCGCAGCAACUGGAAGAUGAGAAGGAUGCCUUGAAAAUUACCGCUGAACUACUGCAAAUUCGUCUCACGUCCCUCAGUGAUAUCCUGACCCUACAGGAGACAGAGCUCAGCAAGAAGGUGCAACUGCAAGACCCUCUUCAGCCUGAGUCAUCUCAAAAACUUCAGUGCCUCUUGACCCGCUGGCGGGAGAAAGUCUUUUCUCUCCUGGUACAGCUGAAAUCCCAGGAGAUUCACCACAGGGAUGCCUCCAAACUGCUGGAAAGAAAGGUAAAACAGCUGGAAGAAGACAUGGAGUCCAGAGAACAGAAGGUGGCGCUUUUGCUCCACAGCCUGGAUGACAAGACUGCCGAAGUAAAUGUGGAACGAGUGAGAAACAAGAUGCUGCAGGCAGAGGCACUGCACUUGAAUGAGCUAGCAGAGACUCUGCAUCGAAGGGCCGAAGCUGGUGAAACUGCCCUUCGUGGACUGGUGGACUUUGUCAGCAGGCUAAAAGAACAGCUGGUGGGGCAGGAAGAGGUCUGGAAGGCAGCCUUGUCUCGCCUAGGAGGGCUGGGAAACAGGGUUGCUUUUGCAGCGAAGAGAGUCGACACCAUUCAAGCGUUAGUAUGCCAGAAAAUAGCACUUGCUAAACUUCAGCAAGAGGAGAAACCUUGCACUGUGCGAUCAGACCAGGAGAAGAUUCAGCCAUCUUAUGAGGACCUGCAAACUGAGUUGCAGAUGCUGCAUGAAGAACGAGAUCAACUAUCUUUGGAGCUUAAACGUGGGGCUCAACUCCUGGAGAAGAAGGUGGCUGAAGCAAGAGAAAGAGCGGAGUCAGAGCUUGAGGAAAUGAAGGAGACUGUGCGGAGCCUGCAGGAGGCACUAGAAGCAAAGGCAGCGGUGGAGCAGGCCCUGAGGCGCCAGCAGGAGAGCACAGAGCGGCAGCUGGAGACUGCAGCCCGGGACCUGCGAAUGACGGAGGAGGCGGCGGAGAGUUUGAGGCAGGAAGUGGGGCGGCUAAGAGAGGAGUACGAAAAAGCCCUGCAGGAGAAGGUAACGGAAGUUGAAACACAGCUGCGUGAGGAUCUGUCAGAAAUGGAAAAAAGGCUCAAUGAAGCACGCAGAGAGCACACAAAGGCAGCAGUUGUUGCCCUGCGCCAAGCCGAGCGACAGGCCGCGAGGGACCACACUCGUGCCGAGGAGCUGGCCAAGCUGCAGGAAGCUGCUGCACAGCAGGAAAUGGCACGGCUUGAAGGACGUCUGCAGGAGCUGGAGAGGGACAGGAACCUGUUGAUGGCCACCUUGAGGCAAGAGGGCCUGUUGGCCCAGCAUCGGCAGAAUCGGUUGGCUGCAGUCCAGGGCCCAGCAGAGCCAACUAUGAGGACAGAAACUAAAUCUCCUACUAAAGAGUCCCUGCUGGCUGUGCUGGAUGACCUGCAGGCGCUAGGUGCUGCAAUCUUAGGGGAUGAGGAGGCAGAUAAAGAUGAAGGUGGCAGUGCAGGCACGUAAUGGCAGUUCUUGAAGGCAACCUGACUGGGGGAGGCCAGGACAUGGGAAUAGACAGACUUAUAUUUGUAAAUAAAAAUGAUUCAAGUAAGUACACAAA